AUGGAUUCCUACAGCGACAUCCUGAGCAUCGUAGUAGACCUGGGCUUCGAAAACACCAAAAUCGGCUACUCGGGGGACGAGAACCCAACGCACAUAUUUAGCUCAAAUGUGGGAGUACCACUGGAUUUGGAAGCCAAAAUUAAAAACGAAAUUUAUAAGAAAUGCCUUUGCACAAAGGGAGAGUUUUACCAGUUUAAUCUUAUUUACCCCCUGUGCUUUUUGGAGGCGCUGGAGGACGCCAAGGUGAAGCCUUGUCUCUACCUGGACAACAGGAACCACUUUGAUGUCAACGAAGAUGUGUUCGAAAAAAUCCUCUUUAUGAAUGUGAACGGGGGUCGGUGGGUCUACAAGAUGUUGCAGGAGAGGGUCAAGGGGUUCAUAGGCAACAAGCUGCACAAGCAGAGCGAUAUGUCCAGCGAGUUCGUCGAUAAGGGAGGCGUAGUACACGUGGCACCAGAAGGGCCCCACGAAGGUGACGCGAUAGACGACGCUAUAGACGCCGCGGGGGCCCCGCACGGCGGUGAGCAUAACGAAGUAGGCGCCGAAUCGGGUGCGGAUCUGCAGAAGGAGGAGCACCAAGACAGCGAAGAAGCAGAACAGCAAUCGCAGAAAUCGCAAUUACUCCAACGAGGUGGUGGGGAAGAUACAGAUGGGACCCCCCAAAAGGAGGGCUCCAAAUCGAAGGAGCUAAAAACACUGAAGGAAUGGGCGGAAGAAAACAACUACUUUGACAUAAACCUAAUCGAAAAUAAGCUGAUAGAUAUGAAUGUCAUAAGGAGCAUGAUAAAUAAUCACAGCAAUAUUAGCUGUGGGCUGAGUGAGAACAUGGAAAAGUUCCCAUACCUCUUCUCACUCCCCAAUAAAAGAAAUAAACAGAUAAAAGACAAAAUAUCACAGCUGUUAUUUGAGAAGUACAAAGUACCCGCCCUGUAUUUCAACUCCAAGUCAGUAUUAACUGGAUUUGCCUACAACAAGAAUGUCUGUUCCGUAGUGGACAUAGGAUCUUGCUACACCGAUUUCUCCCUUUGCAAUGAUGGAAGCAUAGAAGAUAAAAAUUACAAAAUUUACAAUAUAGGAGGUUCCACCAUCGAUUUCUUCCUCGAAGAGCUUAUACAAAAACACAACAAGGAAUAUUGCAUCCCAUAUUACGAGUUUGUUAAGCAAAAUGGGACCCUUCCUAAUUACAAUAGGGAGAAGAUUCACCUGGAUUACUACAACAAAGCCAAGUAUAUUCCUCUGAAGGAUUUAAAAAGCUAUCUAUGUGAAGUAGCUCAUACGGAAAAUCAAAUUCAUGACGCAAAGAAUAUGAAUUUCAAUCAAAAUUUAGAUAUAUACAUUUUGCCUGAUGGGCAAAAUAUUAACAUUACCAAAUUUAAUAAUAUAGCAUGUGAGAUAUUUUUUACUCCAUCGUUAUUAAGUAACACAAAGCUGAAUCAUCAUCUGAACAAUCUAUUUUUCAAGGAAGAACAAUUCGAAGGAGUCUCCACCACUCUGUUUAAUAUGCUUAAUAGCAACAGCGUAAAGAAGAAGGAAGAGUUGCUACGAAACGUCAUCUUGACUGGCUCGUCAACUCUGUUUGAUAAUUUUAAUCAGAGAUUUAUUAAAGAAUUCAAUCAGCUGGACAUUCUUAAUAACUCCAAUUUACGAGACUUCCAGGUGCUUAGCCAUGGGAAGUACGACAAGCAGUAUUCUUCUUGGAAGGGUGGUAGCAUCCUGUCUUCUUUCAAAAAUUUCAACUCCUUUUUUGUUACGCGGAAGGAGUACGAGGAGUUCGGUCUGGACAUCGUCAACCGGAAGUGCUAG